CAAAGAGACUCCAAACAAAAUGAGACAACUCUACACGCAUGCAUGCAUAGUGCCCUUUGAACCCUGUUUAUAUCUGUAGCUGUCAUAAAGAUGAGUUGCAGUGGAAUUGCUUUGUUGUAGGAAAUGGAGCCUAGAAGAAUCCUCACGCAGAUCCUAUGUGUGUUCUUUCUUACAACUGGACGAAAUGAAGGAAAGCUUGAUGCAAAGUCGUGUUCAGGACGGCCUGCAUUGAAAUUAGACCAGGCAUGUCUUACGUUCCAUAACCAGCUACCAACCGGAGUUGAUGUCCUCUACACAUCUGAUUACUGCUACAAGUGUAUGUACCAGCCCCUGGUCAGUGUUCUAAAUGGUCCCCAGAAUGCAUCUGUCGUGGUCAGCACCGUCCUCACUCUGACACUGCAGUUACAACCAAUGGGCAGAAACACAACUCUCUGCAGUUGGAGUCAGUUGUAUGAAGAAGCUGCCCAUUACUCUGUCUGGAUCCAAGAGUCAGAAUCUCCCAUCAAUGUCAUUUGCUAUCAGACUGUGGAUGUCAGUCCAAGUAACAUCUAUUUCCCUCUGUUGGUGGCAGCUCUUCUACUGGCACUUAUUAGUCUCCUAUGUGUCCUUGUUCCCUACCUGUACAGGAGGCGUUGUACGACGAAGCUCAUCAAGACCAUUUGUCACGAAGGACCACAACAUGCAAUGGAUGAUGAAACCCAAGGUUGUGGGGACGAGGUUAACACUGCCCAGCCAAAACCAACACGACUGCGCUCACUGGACACUUUCCGAGGACUUUCCCUGACAAUCAUGGUUUUUGUGAACUAUGGAGGUGGAGGGUACUGGAUAUUUGAACACGCGCCUUGGAAUGGUCUUACUGUGGCUGAUCUUGUGAUGCCUUGGUUUGUGUUCAUCAUUGGGACAUCUGUAGUAUUGGCCUUCACCUCCAUGCAGAAAAGGGGAGUUAGCCGUCGGCAGCUAAUACGCAAGCUAACAUGGAGAACUGUGGUCCUCAUCCUUAUCGGCUUUUGUUUCAUGAACUACUCUCCAAAGGAUGGAUUAUUAUCUUGGUCUUGGCUGAGAAUCCCUGGAGUCCUCCAGCGUCUGGGAUUCACCUACUUCAUACUGUCUCUGAUGCAGACUUUCUGUGGCAUGAGAGAGAUCCCACUGAGCAGGGAUCGCUGGUGGGACCCUGUCCAGGAUGUGGUCUUGUAUUGGCCAGAGUGGAUCUUCAUUAUUCUCCUGGAGACAUUAUGGCUGUGUCUCACCUUUCUAUUGCCUGUGCCUAACUGUCCCACAGGUUAUUUAGGGGCAGGUGGGAUUGGGGAUAAUGGCCUUUAUCCCAACUGUACUGGGGGAGCAGCUGGGUACAUUGACAAGUGGUUAUUGGGAGAUAACAUCUACCAUUGGCCAACAUGCAAGGCAAUGUAUCGUACUACCCAGCCCUUUGACCCAGAGGGGGUUCUGGGUACUAUCAACUCCAUUGUCAUGGGAUUCAUGGGGAUGCAAGCGGGAAAAAUUCUCAUUUUUUACAGGAAAAAGGAUGUCAGCGUCCUCUCCCGAUUCCUAGUAUGGGCCAUCCUCCUGGGAAUCUCAGCAGCCAUCCUUUCUAAGUGCACGCGAGACGAAGGAUUUAUACCUGUCAAUAAAAACCUUUGGUCUCUGUCGUAUAUCACCUGUAUGGGCUGCUUCUCUUUCCUCCUGCUGGGAGUCAUGUAUUUCGUCAUGGACAUUAAGGGCUGGUGGGGCGGCCAACCCUUCAUUUACCCAGGGAUGAAUUCCAUCUUUGUGUACGUGGGUCACUCUCUCCUGGGGUCCUACUUCCCCUUCAGCUGGGAGAUGCGCUUUGUGGACAGCCACUGGGAGAAGCUGUUCCAGAGCCUGUGGGCCACCUCUCUCUGGGUCCUCAUCGCUUUCCUGCUAUACAGGAAGAAGUUCUUUCUCAAAAUCUAAUAGCGCCACAAUCCAACUCCUUUCAUUCAGUGUUUGCUUUCAUUCUGAGCCAUUGUUGUGAAAUGUAUUGCAAAUGCUUGACUUUAUUGUUUUACUGUAAAGUGUGUUGUGAUUUUAAAUGCACUUUAAAUACAGUUUGUUUUGAUCUGAUGUGAAAGUGUAUGUGGAUAAUUCUGUUAUCUAUGUAAUUAAUUAAAAUCUGUACAGUGGUCCUCAAAGAUCCUCCACAGAGAUCCUCAAAGAACCCAUAUAGCUCCACAAGGUGCCAUUGCUCGUCAAUGGUUCAUAUUUGCACCUUCGGUUAGUUGAGGGGUUCUUGGAGGAACAUUUAAUGGUUCAAUGUAGCAAAGGGUUCCUGGAGGAACCCUGGAGUGGAGGCGUGGCUUAGUAGGGGCAUGGCUUUAAGAUAGAUACUUUUCUGGCCACGUGUUAGAGUAAUUGUCAUUCCUCUUUAUCUGUUCUGUUGUAUUGUCGUCACGUCAGGGUUAAACACUGACAGUUGUGUAGCUUCAAUGAAGCUAACAGAGGUGUAUGAGUUCCUCAAGAGCCUAUGCAAAUCCCAAAUUUGGAAUAGUUAACACUUUGUUACUAUAUGUAAUCAGCAGUGUUAAUAUUAUAUGCAUAAAUAGUCAAGGAAAUGUUGCAGUGUACAAACUUAACAUGAUGAACAGGAAUUACAUUUACACUAACGGGUGGCCAAAAAUAACUAUCUGAAAGCCACACCUCCAAUCUGAUAGACUGGCACCUCUACAAUAUAUUUUUAAAAAUCUAACCCCUCCCAUCACAAAAAGCUUCCGUUUUGAACCUUUAUACAGGGGUUCAUUGAAGACCAUUUUCAGAGGGGUUCCUCAAUAUAUAUAUAUUUUUUAAUCUAUUCGUAUUUCAAAAAACUUCUGGAAAGUUCUUGGUUGUGGAGUUAUAUCAGUUGGCCUUGCACGAGCAAGAAAACGCUUAGUUAAGAACUAGGCCUAGAUUGUUCCAAGCACUCAGCUAUACCUGUAUUGUAAUGGUCGGUUAGCUAAAUAGAAUUUGAUUGAUUGAUUGACGUUGUCUUGUGGGAUUGCCAUGUUCCAUAUCUGCAUUGCUGAGAUACAAAAGGGAUGUUAAGAUUUAACUUCAUUCCUGAGAGGACCGUUCUGAGUCAGCUCUGGGUAAUUGCACUCUAAAAAAAAAUAUUAUUUCACAAUGUACGGUUUUAUAAAUGAACAUGAAAAAGUGCUAGAAAUGGUUUAAUAAACAUAAUUUCAUCUUUUGCAUGUUGAAUAGCUGUUCAUUUUCAUUCUGUCUGGUAGCCCUUUCCUGCAGUCAAAUGACCAAAUCUCCCUCUAGUGGCCUCAUAGGUGGAAUGUUAUAAUUUUUUACAUAAUUAUAAAUUAUAUUUCAGUCUUCUGUGAUGUAUAUAAAGUGUUGCAAACUCAAAAUGUAAUACAUUUCAACUCUAUAUCUGAUAUGGUACAUAUUUUUUUU